AUGAUUCCUGAUCUUGAGAACGACCCAUCGCGGGACGGGCCACGAGAGUCGACUCUCUCUUUCCGGUGGAGCCAGAACCUGGACCCUACCCAUGCCGAUCUGGUGUGUCUGCUGUUGUGCUUUCUAACCGGACUGUGCGAUAGCAGCGCCUACAAUAUCUGGUCCUGCUUUUUGGGAAUGCAAACCGGGAACACCAUCUUCCUAGGUCUCGGUGCCUCCAAUCAGCCUACAAGCAAACCAUGGGGCUGGCUCAAGUCCCUCGUCUCCAUCACCCUGUUCUUCACCGGAGCUAUGAUCUUCUCCACUGUCAUGCGGCACCUGGGUGCUCUCCGUCGCGGCACCCUUGUCGUUUCCUUCCUUUUUCAGACCAUCCUGGUCAUCAUCGCCGUUGCUUUGAUCCAGGCCGACCUGAUUCCCCGCACGUCGAGCGACAUAUCUAUAGACGAGGGGCCGCUCUUCCUGGAGUUGAUCCCUAUCGGACUGCUCGCCUUCCAAUCCGCCGGUGCGAUGACCUGCAGUCGGUCACUCGGGUUCAAUGAGAUCCCGACCGUAGUUUUGACCAGCGUCUACUUCGAUAUCGCGUCAGAUCCGAAGAUCGCAGAGAAACUCACGAUCAACGUCAAGCGGAACCGUCGCAUCGGAGGAGUGGUGUCGUUGCUGACCGGUGCGAUCGUGGGUGGGUGGCUCAGCCGCAGCGGCGGCGGCAUGGAGUCAGUCCUAUGGAUGGCGGCGGGACUAAAGUCCAUCGCGGCCCUGGGGUGGCUGUUUUGGAAAGCGGCUCCCCCAAGUAGACAAUAG